AUGGUGCUCAGCUCGCACUCCAUGCCGAUGCUGCGUGUGGGACACCGCAGCGGAAGCAUGGGCAUGACGAGUGGAAAGGACCGACGGUCGAUGCCUCGCCUUCCAACGCCAGCGCAAAGCCCCGUCGCCCCGAUUCCCGAAUUACGAGGAUGGGAGCUUCCUUCCAUGGAGCACGACAGCACGCCGAAGAGGAGGGAUCCUCUGAUGAUCUCCGUGGGGGACUUGAAGCGUGUCCUUCGCAGACAAAAGAGUGACAUCCAUUCAGAUGUGCUCCUCGCGCAGGUGGUGUCGCCGAAGAGCAAGCUUGACCCGCUGCUGCGGAAGAAGGAGCGCGAGAAGGAAAAGAGACACCGAGACGCUGACCGAGACCGAGGCCUCAACCGCGGCGAGCGCCAGAGGCUUCCAAAUGCCUUAGCUGUGGAGGAGCCAGAGGCGGCUCAGAGGACGCCGGCGACGCCCCUGAAGCUUCCUCCCACGCCUCAGCCAAAUCCACGUGACCGUGCUUUGAAUCUCGCACGCCGCAUGAGCGGAGCUCGUGCAGAUGAGAUGGACGUCUCGUCUCCGGUGACACAUUCGGUGACAGGGCCGCUGGGGAAGGAAGGCAUGAACUGUGAUCUGCCCGAGCCAAGCAAAUGGCGGAGAGGCGCGUUGAUUCCGAGCGUGGACGACUGCCUAGACAGAUUGUACACAGAGCUGGUUCCGGCGGAAGAUGUUACUCGAAUGAGAGUGAUGUUUUCGCGCUUUGCAAAAUCUGGCUUUGAGUUGAGCAAGGACGACCUGCCGGAGGUCCUGAGACACCUUCACUUUUUCUUGGUGGCGGCAGACAAGUGUCAUCAGAUCGCCAAGGAGACUACCAGCUUCGACGUCAUGGAUUUUAACGACUUCCAGGACUUCUACGAGCGCUUUGCUUCGUAUGAGCGACAAGCACUGCAGAUGAAGUUGAAGAGGUGGCGCCCGAUGCCUCCAUCGAAGUUUGCUCCGCCACCCACCGAGCACGAGAAGGAAAUGCAGGCCCUGCAAAAUUUGCGGAGCCUGCUACGAAGUUUCGGUGUGGUGUGCACACAUUCGACCCUAGUCGACGUUCGAGACAUGGCGGGCUUGAAGCACAGCCAAUGCGACAACGUGACGGCUCUCACUCGGUUCUUGGCGGCUUACCGGGCCUCCGAAGGAUUUACAGUCAACGAAGUGGAGCUGCUGCUGAAGAACUUCGAUGAAUGUGAAAGCGACCUGGUGAAUCUUGGGCCGGAAGGGCGCAUGAUCAAAGUCUCGGAGCUUGCGAAGGGUCUGCUGAACUUUGGCGGCCUCUACUGCGUCGACCACCUCAAUGCGCUGAUGGCCCAGCUGGAGGGCGUCUUCAAAGAGCGGGGGCAUGGUAUUUGCAUCUUUGAGUUCUUGGUGCAUGCGCGCGUUCUGCGGCAAAUGGAGCUCAAGGAGGUAUCCGAUCACUUCGCUGCCUUAGAUUUGGACAAGGACGGCUUCAUCCGUGGCUCGGACCUCCAGGCACUGAUGCAGCCCUUGGGCUUCACGCUCCUCGGCAAGGAGCUUCAGGAGCUGCAGGCUGCCAAGUCCAUUGCGGCGGAGACAAAGCUGGACUUCGACGGGGCCCUCGGCUUUGUCGCCCACGUGCGCGAGAGGCAUGGCUUCACGGACGCUGAAACUCAGGAAUGCAUGACCACCUUCGAACGAUUUUCCCUCGGCUCCGGGGAAAUGCCCACGCUGCAGGUCAUGGAGCUGCUGCAAUGGAUGGGCUUCAAGAAUCGCGUGGAAGAUGUCCGCAAAAUGGUGCAGCAGGUUGACUUCAAUGCCAAUGGCACCAUGGACCGCACAGAGUACCUGCGGCUCAUGAGAUUGCAGAAAGAGUCCAAGCUGGCAUCGUACCGCAAGAUUUAUCAGUCAAUGAGCCUCGGCAAGACUGCACUCACGCCAGUGCUUUUCGCCCAGGCACUGGCCGAGGUGCAGCUGCAUGCGCCGCCCAGAAUACUUGAUGACAUCUUUGGCAAGCUCCAAGCAGAAGCUUCAGUUUCCGCUGGGCUCUCCUGGGAGACCUGGGUAGCGGUGGCAGAGCACACCAGGAAGUUGAUCCCUGUGGAGAACCGGAAGCAGGCGACGUUCAGCGAUUUGGAGCUGGAGCAGCUGAGGAUGGCUUUCAAUCUGCAGGGUUUCGCAAGCGGCUAUGUCUCCAUGGGCGAGCUUCUCUGGAUGCUUUCUGAUUCCGGGAUGCCGGUCAACAAGGCCAGCGGAAGACGGGAUCUGUAUGUGAGUUUGGACAAGGCCAGGAAAGUGGCCUUGGAGUCCGGCGUUCCCCCGGAGGCCGUCGGCCGGCCUGGCAGCCCGCGGGUGCGCUUCUACCCCGUGGUGCAUUUGGUGAGAGCCUUCCUCCGAAAUCAGGAGCAGAAGACCUAUGAACGCGAGGAAGCAGCGAUGAGGGCGGUUCGCUUCUCCUCCGCCGAAAUCCAGGAGCUUCGGACACUCUUCGAGAAGGAGGCCAAAGAGGCACAACGGGAGCUCUGGGGAGACGAGGAGGAGGCGACCAAGCGGAGCCUGGGUUCUGUGGUGCGAAUGCUCUGCCAAGAAGCUCGCGUCCCAAUCAAUCGCGUCAUCCUCUUCACGUCCCGAAUCGGUGCGCGGAUCAAGAUUUCGCAGAAGGAGGAGCUGUAUACCAAAAUCCGGGAGAUCAGCGCUUUCGACCCUGGAGAUGUGCAGCGUGGGAUCGACUUCCCCAGCUUCCUGCAGCUCAUGCAGUGGAUGGUGGACUGCAAUUUUGGGGACAUCAACUCAGCUGCGGAGCGAGCCCUCAACAAAUGA